AUGAUCAAAUGUCUGGCGGAAGAUGUGCGAGCCAGGCUGCGUUCUGGAGUGACUAUCAACUCACUGGGGCAGUGUGUCGAGGAGCUUGUCCUCAAUAGCAUUGAUGCCAGAGCAACAUGUGUAGCUAUCAGGGUGGAUCUGGAAGCUUUGAAGGUCCAGGUGGUGGACAACGGCUCCGGGAUGGGGAAAGAGGACUUAAACGCAAUGGGAAAGCGGUACUUCACCAGCAAGUGCAGUUCAGUGGGAGACUUGGAGAACCUGACGUUCUACGGCUUUAGAGGGGAGGCUGUGGCAAGCAUAGCCAACAUGGCCAGUGUAGUGGAAGUUUCAUCUAAGACCAGCAAGACGGCAAAAACAUUUGUGAAGCUAUUUCACAAUGGGCAAGCACUGGAAGUCUGCGAAGCUGAAUCGAGUAGACCAAGUGGCGGAACUACAGUGACCGUGUGUAAUCUGUUCCAUCAAUUACCAGUGAGGAGAAAGUGUAUGGAUCCUGUGUUGGAGUUUGAGAGAGUGAGACAGAAAGUGGAGGCUGUUUCACUGAUGCAUCCCUCUGUUUCACUUUCUUUAAGGAAUGACGUUUCUUGUUCUAUGGUGCUUCAGCUCCCUAAGACAAGAGAUGUAUACUCUCGAUUUUGUCAAAUUUAUGGACUGGGCAGAUCGCAGAAGUUACGAAAAAUAAAUCAUAAAUCUGGGGAAUUUGAGCUAAGUGGUUAUAUCAGUAUUGAGGGACAUUACAACAAGAAUAUGCAGUUCUUGUAUGUGAAUAGAAGGCUUGUUUUAAAGACAAGACUACAUAAACUGAUUGAUUUUUUAUUAAGAAAAGAAAGUGUCAUUUGCAAGGCAAAAAGUGGCCCUGUGAGCAGACAGGCUAGUUCAAGUCCUGGUCGUCAUCGUUCUGGCUCAGAGUUGUACGGGAUCUUUAUUCUCAACGUGACCUGUGCAUACAGUGACUAUGAUGUGUGUCUGGAACCUGCAAAAACUCUAAUUGAGUUCCAGAACUGGGAGGUACUUCUAACUUGCAUAGAGGAAGGAGUGAAAAUAUUUUUGAAACGAGAACAUUUAUUUAUUGAACCAUGUAGUGAGGACAUCAGAGAAUUUAAUGAAGAUAAUGACUUUUGUUUGUAUAAUGCUCCAGCUCUGAAGCCCUCGCUCUGCGAUGAGAAGAGCAUCCAAGACAAUUUUAAGAAAGCAUGUGAUGAAAUCGUGGAUUCCUAUCAAAUGUGUAACUUGCAAUCAAAAGAUGUCAAAAGGAAAUCUGGGACUGGAAAAAUAUCUUGGAAUCUUACAGAGUCAAAUAAAAAUCUACAGGAAACUGGAAUCGCCCCAGAUCAGAAGAUUGCUGAACCAUCUGAUCCAUGUAGAAACAACGAAGUGGAGAUUCCACAGCCCAGCAAAGAUGACACAGCUUCUGAUUUCGUUAUAUCAAAUAUCUCAGAGCAGGAGCCAAAAGACAUCAACAGUUCCCAAAAAGCGUCUGAUACUCAUCUGAAACCUUCAGAGCAUCGUCAGUCCUCUUUUAGUGGAGGGGCCAGAUCAGAAACAAAGAAACCAGACAGUUGUAGUGACCUGCAGCGUUGUGCAGAGAAUUACAUAAAAGAUGUGGGAAGCCAGCAAGGCAAAGUAGCGCAGAAAAGUAGUACGGUCCAUAUGGUAAACCAUGAUGUUAUUCAGUUAUCGCCUGAGAGAGAAGACUCUACUGACACAGCAAUGGGACCAGCAACUGUCUCUGGAACUUCCUUGAUGAGACUGUGUAAUGCACGAAGAAGAGACGGGGAAAGAGCUGAAGUGAUAGAUGAUGCUGGAAGAGAGGCUGUUACUUCAGUACCGGUAAAAUUGUGCUCUGCAGGCCUCAUAACGCGUGUUAGGCACCAUGAACCCCCACAGGAAUAUGAACAAACAGAAACAAAUCCUGCAUUAACCGCGCGGUGUAGACCUGGCCCUGUCAGUGCCAAGGAUAUUUUUGGCCACAAAGUGAGUUUUCCCAUCCAGUCUUUAAAUGCUAAGGAUGUUUCCAGUAAUUCCAAUAAAGAAUAUACAUCUCCUUACACUAGAGAAGUAUGCAUGGCUGAUGGUAAUGAGUGGUUAGAGAACAAAACUUUGUCAAAUCAAGUGAGCCAGGGGACAGCUAUGCCUGUUGCCACCAGUAAAAGACAUUAUGAGACAUCGAAUGUUACAGAAUUGCUGUUGGCAACCUCUUCAAUUGUUCCUCACAAUAAAGUUAUAAAAAGCAUGAAAAGACAAAUAGCUGUGCCAAGAUCUCAGCCCUCUAAGAAGCUGAGCUUGUCCACACAGCUGGGUUCUUUAGAAAAGUUCAGGAGAUAUUAUGGGAAAGUCAAGCGUACGCUACCAGCACCAUUGUCAGAGCAGAGUGAAUUUGGUCUCCCAGUUUUUAAUUCACAAGCUAAUUGUGACUUUUCAAAGAAUGAGAAUGACAACCACAGUAGUGUGAGCACUUGUGAAACGUCAGCUUUGGAGUAUAUAGAUUCUAAUAACAGUAGCCAAGUUUUUGGUUCUCUGGAAGAGAACUGCAGUAGAGAAACGUCACAGGACAAACGAGCCCUUUGUCAGAGUCCUUUGACAUUGUCUGAUUACUGUCAGGUUAGUAAAAAUAGCACAAGUUGUAAAAGAUCUCCAGGAUCAUUAUCAUCCAAACUGUCCAGAAUGAAAAGUGACCUCAAAGAAGCAGAACAACUUGGUGAACAAUUCCAAACAGAUUCAAGUAGGAAAGAUGACUACCAUUUUGAUCUUGAAUCUUCAAAUACUGAUUUUUUGUUUGACGCUUGUCAAACGUAUAAAUCCUCAGUGGAAAAAAUGAAGGGAUGUAAUUACAGCAUUUCUGAGGUGGAUGCGUGCUCGCAAUCAGACGGUACGAGAGCAAAGUCCAUGAAAAUCACUGUCAGCCCGUCACCACUCAGCAGCAUGGAAGGGGAGUACACAGUCUCUUCAAGCAGUGUUUUAUCAUUACCUGCUAAAAAGGAUUGUACUGACGUCACCUGUAAAGAUAAAGGUACGUUAGCUGAAUCCUCAGAACAAAAUUUGAAAGAUACUGAGGUUCCCCAUAGGACCUUCCCAAGUAACUUGGAAUUCUCUGCAGACAACACAAGCACAGGUGACCCCAGGAAUAAUUUGUGGUGUUCUGACUGGCUGCAAGAUUUUGAUGUUUCGUCGGGUAAGACGAUAUACAUCAAUAGAGCAACUGGACUGAGCACCUACGGCACUCCUCCUACCGAAGGAUUUCGAGCUGCCUGCAUUCAAGAUGUAACAACAAUGGCUGUAAAUGUUGUCUCAGCGAACGGGAUUCAGUUCAGGUGCCAUCCCUUUAGAAGUGAGAUUGUGCAACCCUUCCUUCCUAGACCUCGAAAAGAGAAGACUCUAGCAAGCCAGGAUCUGAGAGAUGCUGAAGGGGAGUCUCUCCAGUCGUUGCUUUCAGAAUGGGAUAAUCCUGUUUUUGUUCCCUGCCCAGAG